AUGACGUCCUCCGCUCCGGACGUGGCGGCGCCCUUGCGCUCCGGCACGGCGUACGGGCCAAACCAAGCCCGCGGGCGCUCCCGAGUGCCACCCCCAUCCUGGUUCAACUUGCUCCCGCCACUCCGCAUAUCGCUGUCGAUUCUGCUUUUGGUUCUCGUCGAGACAUCGCGCGCUCAGCUCGAUCCUGUCAAGAAUUUCUGCAGACGAUUCGGCCAUCAGACUGCUGUUAUUGACAGGAGAUUGUAUAUCGACGGUGGAUUCAUCAACUAUAGCCCGUUGGCCCAGUACCCGACCAAUUAUACCAACACCGGCCUUCACUACCAUGAGCUGGACACGCCCAAUCCAACUGGUCUCAUGCCACAGCUCUACGCCAACCUCACCAAGAACUCCACCAUCCCUAGUGUUCAUGGCGGGACAUUAUGGGCUGAUAACGUGAACAAACGAUUCUACCUAUUCGGCGGCGAAUACUAUCUUCAACCCCCUCCCCCCGACUUCAUUCUCUGGUCCUUUGAUGCUAUCUACGAGGACUGGGAGUCUUUUGGAUCCCCAGCGCAGAGCAUUGACGCUGCCUCGUACGGGGCGGGAACUGCCGUGUCCGAAAGAGGUGAGGGCUACUACUACGGUGGAUGGAAAUCCAACAAUACGGUGCCUGGAUGGACCGGUCCGCCAGUUGCCAUCUCCGGACUGGUCAGGUACAGCAUGGAUUCGAACUCUUGGGCGAACCACACAGGCCCGGACUCAAUCGGCAGGGCAGAGGGCGCUAUGGUAUUUCUUCCAAUAGGUGAUGGCGGAAUGCUGGUGUACUUUGGCGGUGUUCAAGACCCUCAUUCCAACGGCUCAGUGGUCGGACAGCCCAUGGAGACUAUCUUUUUGUUUGACGUUCUCAGUUCGAAAUGGUACACACAAAACGCUACAGGGACAGUUCCUCAGAUGCGCAGACGCUUCUGUGCUGGGGCCACGUGGGCCCCUGAUCAGUCAAGCUAUAACAUCUAUCUUUAUGGCGGCGCCGGUAUGCCGCCGGACACGUCGGGGUUCGACGACGUCUAUGUUCUUACGAUCCCGUCAUUUCAAUGGAUCAAGAUGUAUCCGACUGACGGAAACGCCACCGGCGAGUUCCCGCACCACUCCCUUAGCUGUAACGUCAUCGACAAUUCCCAGAUGAUUAUCAUCGGAGGCACAUUCCCCACCAGCGAUCGAUGCGACGUGCCCGAGCAGUUUGGGGUUCAUAACGUCGACAUGGGAAAGCAGAACCCUGAGAAAGCGCUGUGGCAGAUCUUCGAAAAGAACCUUACCACAUAUUCUCUUCCAGACGAUAUAGUCAGUGCCGUUGGCGGAUCAGCCGGCGGCGGCGCAACCAAAUUAGCGCCGGAUGCAGGUUUCAGCAACCCGGAUCUUCGCGUCCUCAUGACCCGCAAAGCCAGCCUCCCUGAGCGCACACCUACCCGCUCAAUCCCUACCUCGACAGGCAGCCCGGAGAACACUAACCCUCUCAGCACCGGUGCCAUCGCCGGCAUCGCCGUUGCGGGAGCAGUCGUGGCCGUAGCCGCCAUCCUCGGCAUCAUCUGGUGUAUCCGCCGGCGCCGGCGCCGGCGCGGUCACGACCCCAACAAGGCGCACCACCUCCACCCAGCCAACAACCCUGCAAGCCCGAACUCGUUGCACGCGCAAUCGCCGCCUUCGUACACCCCCGACAGUGGCUACCCCUACAGCCCCUUUCUCCGCGAGGAAACCCAACGACAGCAGGAGCAGUACGGCCACGGGUAUCCGUCGCCCACCCGUCGACCGAUAGAACUCCCCGUCGAAGACUCCUCCUAUUACAAGCACUCAGCAGCAGCGCCACCGCUACAACCACCACCAGCAGUAGCCGGCCUGCGUUUCUGGCUCGGACCGGACGGCGUCACCUACGCGCUAGUCACAGGACCUCACGCGGCGGCGGCAGGGAGCACAACGGUGGCGAAUAGCGGCGGGACGGGUACGGGGACGGGGACGAGCACCACGACCGAGAGCGGCACUGGCGUCAGCAGCGGCGGGGGUGAAGUAGUCCCUCCGCUGACAAAGAUUGACGCCGAGGGCCGGGUGUGGGUGCAGGUGUCGCCCGGCGGCGGCGGCGAAAGUCCCGGCGGGUUUGGACACGCACACGGCCACGGACACGGACACGGAUAUGCGCGUGGUGGAUAUCAUCACCAUGCUGCCGGAGAGGGGCACUCGCCGCCGGUGAGCCCCGGGAACCGGGGGAGUAGUGGCAGUCCGCCAGGGCUGGGUCUCUCUUCUCAGCGGCCGCUGUCACCGCAGGAACUGAGCACGGAGCCCGCCCGCGAAAGGGGAGACUCCGACGAGUACUUUGUCCUGGGAGAAGGGGCUGGCUGGGAUGCUGCGCAUGGACGGCCGAAGCAUGCUACUUUCUAUCAUCCUUGA